GACGCAGUGAAACGUUACGGUCGGCCAACACAUUUUCCUCUGACACCCGGAAGUGGUUUGCUUGUCUCCCUGUGUGUGGAAACUGGAUCAGGACUGCUGUAACCUCUCCAUUCGGUUGGAAUAAGGCAGUUUCGGCCCCUGAGAUCACCAUCUCCCCUGGUGUGAGUGUCCAUAAGGUGUGUGCAUGUGUGUGUGGAUAGAGUGUGAUUGGGGAGAUGUACUUCAUGUACCAGGAUCGGGAGGAGUUGGAGGACGAUCUCUAUCGGGAGGAUGAAGGGGACUCUGAGAGGUCAGAGGACAACAGCGAGCUGGAGUUCCGCCUCUACAGCCAGCUCCACUACUCCUCUAAUGCCGGGGUGGUGGAGGAGACAGGACAUGAGGAGGGGGAACAGGACAGUGAGCAUCUGGAGAAACCUGAGCAGAUUGUAAAUGUGGACAGAGAACAGGACGAAACUGGAAAAAGUAGGCCGCUGUCACCUGAUUUGAGCAAGUUACUACAGCACAAGAAGAAGGACAAGAAGAAGGACAAGAAACCUGAUAAACAGAAAAAGGGUAAAAGUAACCCUAAGGUUCAGAGGUCAUUAACAUCAUUAAUAGAGGAGGUCAUCGUGAUUGACUCCGGCCCUGAUGUCAUCUCCAUCUCUGAGGAUGACACUUCUGAUGACACUGCUGAUGACACUGCUGCUGCUGAUGAUGAAGACGGAGUCUGCGCCUUAAAGGGACGGCGCUUAAGACGGCUGCAGACUUCAACCCCGGCCCCACAGGUAGAGAGCAAAGUGUGA